AAGCGCAUUUUCUGUUUUACUUACUUCGGUUUUCUAGCCUUCGCACUAUCACGACUCAGAGAGGAUCCCCGACCGAGCGAGAGAGAGAGAGAGAAGCAGAAGUAGCAUAAUAGCGCAAUUGCUGCAGCGACCUGUCACUCACUCACUCCCUUCUUUUCAUUUCAGAUUCGGAUCAUUUCAUUGAUAUUACAGUGAUUUUUGUUGAAGAACAAAGGGGGAUCUGAUCUGUGUUUUUCUGGAAUUUGAUUUUGAUUUUGAUUUUAGAUCAAUGGCAGCUUUUGCCCCUCCUGGGGCACCUAGGCCCAACAGCAAUAACAAUGACCCAUCACAACAACCACCCCAUAAUUACAACCCCAAUUUGAAUCCAAAUUCGUUAGCUGCUAAUUUCAAUAAUUUGAAUCUCAAUCGACCUCCUCCAAAUUCGGCUCCUAGGCCUUCCCCUUUUGGCCAAGCACCCCAUUUCCCUUCAUCGGCCCCACCCCCGGGGGUCCCAUCCGGGUCCCCACCCUUUUCUCGGCCUGGCCCACCACCUGCUGCCUUUGCUCGACCACCCCAACAACCCACAUUGCCCCCUAAUGCCGCCCCAGUUAGACCCACUGGGCCACCCAUUGGCCACCCCUCCUCACCUUUUGCGUCCAGACCCCCUCCUGCUUCUUUCCCAUCCUCCAUGGCUGGUAAUGUACCGCCUGCUUAUGGGGCACCUAGUGGUCCGGUUGUUUCUUCACCGUCACCACCACCGGGUUCUCGUCCAAAUUAUGCCUCUCCACCUUUUGCUACUAGUCCGGUCAUGCCUCAGCCUCGUUCAAGUGCACCGACUGGUUUUGUGAGUAAUGGGCCACCGGCAUUCUCCUCGGGGGUUUUGCCAGGUGGGCCUCGGUUUCCUCCUGCUGGUAAUGUACAACAACCACCUGUUGGACCUCCAUCGGCAAUGGGGUUUGCUGGGGCUCCUCCUCAGGCUCCAAGCAUGCGAUCUCUUUUGGGUAGUCCAGCGCUUGCUCAGCCUGGUCCUCCUGUACAACCAGCGUCACCAUUUUCAGCUUCAGUUCAAGGUGUACCUCCACCGCCAGGUUCUUAUGGGGCACCGGCAUGGCAGAUGCAACCCGGUCAGGCAACUCCACCUCUACCAAUGCCUGGUUCUGCACAACCGCCUAGAAUGUUUGGAAUGCCACCACAUCCUCUACCAAAUCAAUCUAUGACUUCCAUACCUCCAAUGGGUCAAACUGGAGCCCCUGCAUCAGCUACAUCAAAGAUUGAUCCCAAUCAAAUUCCACGGCCUAUUCCAAGUUCUUCUGCCAUUAUGUAUGAAACUCGUCAGGGCAAUCAGGCCAAUCCUCCUCCGCCUGCUACAAGUGAUUACAUUGUCAGAGAUACUGGGAAUUGUAGUCCACGCUACAUGAGGUGCACCAUCAGUCAGAUUCCAUGCACUGGUGACCUUUUGACAACAUCAGGGAUGCAGUUAGCUUUGUUGGUCCAACCUUUGGCCCUUCCUCAUCCAUCUGAGGAGCCUAUCCAAGUUGUAGAUUUUGGGGAAAUCGGUCCUGUUCGAUGUUCUCGCUGCAAAGCCUACAUAAAUCCUUUCAUGAAGUUCAUUGAUCAGGGAAGGCGGUUCAUCUGUAACUUCUGUGGAUUUACUGAUGAGACCCCCCGUGACUACCACUGCAACCUGGGUCCAGAUGGUAGGCGUAGAGAUGCUGAUGAAAGGCCUGAGCUAUGUAGAGGAACAGUUGAAUUUGCGGCCACCAAAGAGUAUAUGGUGCGUGAUCCCAUGCCAGCUGUUUAUUUCUUCCUCAUUGAUGUAUCGAUGAAUGCCAUACAAACUGGUGCAACCGCUGCAGCUUGCAGUGCAAUUAGUCAAGUUAUUUCUGAUCUUCCUGAAGGCCCUCGGACGAUGGUUGGAAUUGCGACAUUUGACUCCACGAUCCAUUUUUACAAUUUAAAACGUGCAUUGCAGCAGCCAUUAAUGCUCAUUGUUCCUGAUGUACAAGAUGUUUAUACUCCUCUGCAGACUGAUGUUGUUGUUCAGCUUUCUGAGUGCCGUCAACAUUUAGAGCUAUUACUGGAAAGCAUUCCAACCAUGUUUCAGAAUAACAGAACUGCUGAAUCAGCCUUUGGUGCUGCAGUCCAGGCUGCUUUCUUGGCAAUAAAGAGUACUGGAGGGAAACUUUUGGUGUUUCAAUCAGUAUUGCCAUCAACUGGCAUUGGGGCACUUUCUGUUAGAGAGGCUGAAGGGCGAACUAAUAUUUCUGCAGGGGAGAAGGAAGCCCAUAAAUUACUCCAACCAGCAGACAAAACUUUAAGGACAAUGGCGAUUGAAUUUGCUGAAUAUCAGGUCUGCGUUGAUGUAUUUAUAACUACCCAGAGUUAUCUAGACGUAGCUUCUAUCUCUGUUAUCCCAAGAACUACUGGAGGACAGGUUUAUUACUAUUACCCAUUCUCGGCUCUUUCGGAUCCUGCAAAGCUGUACAAUGAUCUUAGAUGGAAUGUCACAAGGCCUCAAGGUUUUGAGGCAGUGAUGCGUGUGAGAUGCAGUCAGGGUAUUCAAGUUCAAGAUUACCAUGGAAACUUUUGCAAACGCAUCCCAACUGAUGUUGACCUACCUGGGAUUGACUGUGACAAAACUAUAAUGGUAAGCUUAAAACAUGAUGAUAAGUUGCAGGAUGGCUCAGAAUGUGCUUUUCAGUGUGCCCUUCUUUACACCACUGUUUAUGGCCAAAGAAGAAUUCGAGUUACAACUUUAUCUCUACCGUGCACCAAUAUGCUAAGUAAUCUUUUCCGCUCGGCUGACUUGGACACUCAAUUUGCUUGUUUCUUGAAACAAGCGGCAAGUAAAAUUCCUUCCACUCCUCUCCUGCAAGUCCGGGAACAAGUGACAAAUCUUUGCAUCAGCGUUCUGCUUUCUUAUCGUAAAUUUUGUGCCACAGUCACAUCAUCUGGACAGCUUAUUCUUCCAGAGGCACUUAAGCUUCUGCCUCUAUACACCCUCGCAUUAAUGAAAAGUACAGGGCUGCGGAAUGAUGGGAGAAUAGAUGAGCGGUCUAUUUGGAUCAAUUAUGUUUCUGCUCUCUCUACUCCUUUGGCAAUUCCACUGGUGUAUCCCAGAAUGGUGGCUAUUCAUAACCUUGGUUCGAAGGAUGAGGAUGAAUCACUUGUUCCUCCUGUGAUUCCGCUUUCUAGUGAGCAUGUUAGUGACGAGGGAAUUUAUCUUCUUGAGAAUGGUGAGGACUGCUUGAUCUAUAUUGGGAACUUGGUGGAUUCAAAUAUCUUGCAACAACUGUUCAACAUCUCCCCAUCUGAUGAAAUUCCUACUCAGUUCGUGCUGCAGCAGUAUGACAAUCCACUAUCAAAGAAGCUAAAUGAUUUGGUAAAUGAGAUUAGGCGUCAAAGAUGUUCCUACCUCAGGAUGAAGUUGUGUAAGAAAGGAGAUCCGUCAGGAACAUUGUUCUUCUCCUAUUUGGUAGAAGAUAAGAGUCCAAGCGGCCCUUCAUAUGUUGAAUUUCUAGUCCAUGUCCACCGGGAAAUCCAAGUUAAAAUGUCUUCUUGAUCAUUUUAUGCCUCUUCAGUCUGAUAUACAAGUUUUGAUCACCUCUGGCAAAUGGCAUACUAUGAAAUUCAAAAACAGAGGAAAGCUCAGAUUCUUGCCAUCUGUAUGCAGUCAUUGGCUAUCCCUGCGAAGUAUUGAUUUGUUCAGAGCCAUGCAAGCACAGUUAAAGUUUUGCUACAGGAGGUUUGUUAGUAUAGGCAAUGUUCAGUGGAAAAUACAAAGCGUACUUUAGUUUAUGUAUUUUGGUUGUCCCCAUCCCAGACAUCCCCUGCCCCGGGGGGGUAAGGGGAAAGAGAAUGUAUAAACGAUUUUGUUGUUGAUCACCAUUGAUAACUUGUAAUUUUAUCAUCGAAGAAAGAAACAUUUCACUGGUUUAGUUAAAUAGAUAAUUUAUGUUCUGUCAUUUGAAGA